AACCCAAUGCAUUGAUGCAUUCAUGUUUCACCUCUACAAAGUGAUGGAAGAGAAUGGAACGUUGGGAUCCUACAAGUUUGCAGACGCUGGCUCUAUUUCAGUUGGUAUAAGUAAAGAAGAUCGAGCACAGAUCCUGAAUGCUAGAUUGCUUGGGACCGACCAUCGUCAGAUUUUGAUGUUUCCUUACAAUUCAGGAAACCAUUGGUGUCUAAUAGCCAUCGAUUUUUCAAGAGGCACUGCAUAUUGGAUGGAUCCUUUGAGAAAUCGAAUUAACAAUGAUGCCUCUGAUGUCGUCCGGAUGGCUUUCGACAUUUCGAACAAGAAGAAGCCUGUUUGGAGGAUAAUCAAGGUAUGAGGAAUGGGGAUUUAGUA